GCGCGUCUAAACCCCAACAGUACAUCCACAGGAAAGAUGGCGGCGUGUUUUUGCUGCUUCCGUUGCUGUUGGUCGUCUGCGGGCGGUUUCAACCACGUUCCGCUCAAAGAACUUCCCACAGUCCAACUGGACACUUCACACAUGGGAACUGAUGUUGUGAUAGUGAAGAGUUGCAGGAGAAUCUGUGGUACCGGUGCGGCCCUGGCUAACGCACCUAUAGUCCAGAACAAAGCUUACUUUGAGAUCAAGGUGCAGUCAACAGGUAUCUGGGGUGUUGGUCUGGCCACCAGGAAGAGUAACCUGAACUCUGUCCCCCUGGGGAUGGAUAAGGACAGCUGGGUACUGAGGUCAGACGGGACAGUGUUCCACGACGGAGAGAUGAUCCACAAACUCACCAACUAUGUGGAGGAGGGCGACGUCAUCGGUGUUACGUACGACCACAUAGAGAUGAACUUCUAUAGGAAUGGGACACAGUUACCCUGCACUGUCACUGGCAUCAGAGGCACAGUCUUCCCUGUCUUCUAUGUUGAUGAGAGUGCCAUCUUAGACACACAGUUUUCCCAGUUCUACCACACGGCGCCAGAGGGCUUCGAGGGAAUUAUGUUUGAGCAGUCUCUUCUCUGAGGAAGAGUCCGAGUCCUUUUUAUAUUUGUACGAUGUAGAGUACGGGACAACCACAAAGAUUCUUCACAGUUCGCACUGCAAUAUGUUUGUUUCAAUGACAGCAAAAUGUGUUCAUUUAGCAACUCAUGAACCUAAAUUUCUUAUUCAAGAUUGCAUGUAGAAUUCUGUUUACCAGUACCGGUAUUUGGGAUAUGAAAGAUUUUACUGGCUAGUCAUUGAAAUUAGCAGCUCUAUAAAAAGAUGUGUGUAAUUCCUAAUUGAAGAUCAUCAUUAUGCAGUGUUUCUCUAUAAGCAAGCACACAUGCUUAGGCCUAGGAAAAAAAUGUUGUGUUUCCUGUUUCCCAACUGACGCUAGAAAAAAACUGCCGACCCUAGCCUUUUUUUGGAUAAACAUUUAUGUCCCGGACAUAAAUAUUUUGAUCUCACACCUGAGUGACGAAAUGUUGCAGAUUUCCAACAUUGACAUUGAAAGUGUCCUCAUGCAAGUUUU